UUAAAAAAAGAAAAAGAAAAAAAAUAGUGAAAACAUUGCGUUUGACGGAGGCACAGUAGAUCAUCAAAUGGACGUUGCCUAAUUGCCCAGUGCGUAGCCGUUGAAACCAGAGAGACAAUCCACCACCACCAUUGCUGAUCAUCAACCAUGAACGAAGACCAACGCUCCCUCCUCCUCAGCUCCUCCUCUCGCUUCCCUCCUCCCCAAGGGGUGAGGUUGUUAUACGGUACGGCGGGAUUCAGGGCUGAUGCGGCGUUGCUGGGAUCGACAGUGUACAGGGUGGGGAUCCUAGCGGCGCUGAGGUCGCUGAAGAUGGAGGGGUCGGUAAUUGGGGUGAUGCUCACGGCCUCGCAUAAUAGGGUCUCGGAUAACGGAGUCAAAAUCGCUGACCCAAGUGGUGGAAUGCUGUCCCAGAGCUGGGAGCCCUUCGCUGACGCCCUUGCCAAUGCCCCCACUUCCCAGCACCUCCUCCAAUUGAUAACCGAAUUUGUGGAGAAGGAAAACAUCCCGUUGGAGGGAGUGAGGCGGCCCGAGAUAUUGUUGGGGAGAGACACGAGGCCUAGUGGAGAGUCUCUACUUGAAGCUGCUAAACAAGGAAUCAGUUCAAUUCUUGGAGCGGUUGCCAUUGAUAAGGGAAUUGUUACAACCCCACAACUACAUUGGAUGGUGCGUGCGAGAAAUCAGGGCAAGAAAUCAUCAGAACUUGAUUAUUUUGAACAACUAUCGAGCUCAUUCAGGUGCUUGAUUGAUUUGAUCCCAAGUGGAAGUAAGAUAAGUGAGGUGGAUGAAAGAUUGGUUGUUGAUGGGGCUAAUGGUGUGGGUGGAGAAAAGCUUGAGGUUUUAAGGGAAAUGUUGGAUGGUAUGGUUGUUGAGAUUCGUAAUUCUGGGAAAGAUGGAGGUGUGCUCAAUGAAGGUGUUGGUGCUGAUUACGUGCAGAAGGAGAAGUUUGCUCCACAUAGCUUUGGUUCCCAGGACGUAGGACUAAGGUGUGCUAGUUUAGAUGGGGAUGCUGAUCGACUAGUAUAUUUUUCUGUGCCAUCAAAAAGUUGCAAUAAGAUUGAUCUUGUUGAUGGGGACAAGAUAUUAUCUUUGUUUGCUAUCUUCAUCAAAGAGCAACUAAACACUUUCAGCGAGGAGGGUGGUGAAAAUAUGAGCAGUACUUAUCAUGCUCGUCUUGGUGUUGUACAGACAGCAUAUGCGAAUGGAGCAUCCACAGAUUACCUCAAAAAGUUGGGCUUAGAAGUUGUGUUUACUCCAACAGGAGUCAAAUACUUGCACGAGAAAGCAGCUGAGUAUGAUAUUGGGAUCUAUUUUGAGGCUAAUGGCCAUGGAACCAUCCUAUUCUCAGAAUCUUUCUUAUGUUGGUUAGAGGCCAGAUGUGGGGAGUUUUCUUCAGUAUCUAAAGGUUCAGAACAGCAAAAGGCUGCUUUGAGACUAUUGGCAGUCAGUAAGUUGAUUAACCAAGCAGUUGGAGAUGCUCUGAGUGGGUUGCUCUUGGUGGAGGCCAUUUUGCAACAUAUGGGUUGGUCAAUACAGAGAUGGAGUGAGCUUUAUAAGGAUCUACCGAGUAGGCAGCUUAAGGUAAAAGUUGUGGACAGAACUGCUGUUAUCACAGCGAAUGCAGAAACUAUGGUCGUGAGGCCCCCUGGCAUUCAAGAAGCCAUUAAUGCUGAGGCCGCAAAAUACCCUCAAGGCCGAUGUUUCAUACGACCAUCAGGUACCGAGGAUGUGAUACGUGUGUAUGCAGAAGCAUCCACGCAAGAAGCAGCUGACAGCCUAGCCAACUCUGUAGCAAGACUUGUGGACCAGUUCCUAGGGUUUGGCAGUUCUUCAAAGUAACCUCCAUCUUUUGUCCUGCAACUAAGUUGACAGUUGUGCUACAUAGAAAGGGUCAUCACUGGAACAGUUUGAUUUUUGAUAUUGUGAUAUUGAUCAUUGCAAAUGUGGCCAAUUACUUAAUAAUAUGGUUUUUACCUUCUCUAAA